AUGUUAGGAAUUGGAGCCAGCGAAACGAUGGAAGCAAAAUGCCGUAGUCAACCAGAAAUUUAUUCUGACGUUAGACCAACAACGUGGACCCAAGGAAGGGGAAGAUUUGAAUAUUGGAGCAACACAUGCAUUGGCUGUUGCGACGGAAAUCUCAUUAAGGAUCUGAAAAUACCUGAGGAUUAUUGGAUGACACUCCAGAUUGGAAGCCGUGAACACCGUAAAGAAGGUUUGGCAGUACAGGAGAAACGUGGAAAGUUCCAGCGGGAGAUUUUACACAAAGGGCUCUUUAUACUCAAUCCGUUUUAGUCAAACUUUCCAAUGUGUUAAACAGCAGACAGUUUAUUAUCAACGAUAUUGGAUUUUCUGCAUCGAUUCUAUUCAGCCGACCGGAGAGGAAAGGAGGUAAAAGACCAGGUGGAGGUCCGGGUCAAAAAAUAUGGGAACACAUGGCGAAACAUUCACGAUGCGUGUGCGAAAUCAAAAAUAGGGAUGAAUUGUGUUGCGCUCGAGCCAAGAGUACACGAAGCGCCAGGCGGGCGAACACAACACCUUUGAAAAUAUCAAGAAAGAUCGGGGGAAGAAUUCGCAGCAGUUGAAAGAGGCGAAGAGGUUACACGAAGAAGCAGGUGUCGGUGAGGGUCCAUGUGGAUUGGAAGAGAUUCAGAAAUUCCAAGACUACCUUGGCCCUCAAGGGUUCCGAAUCAUUGUAGUAGAUGCUGUACGCGGUGGAGUGAUUUUUAAAGGCGAAGCAUUUUUAGAAGCAGACAAGACAAUUGCUGUGGUGAAAUCUUUGUACGUGGAUGAAGAGAACGUGGAAAAAGCACACUAUGAUGGCUUAUACAGUAUCCCAGCUUUCAUGAACCGAAGUUAUUUCUGGCAUCGUUGUUGUAAAGGCUACAGCACUGAGGACAGCGCCCAUCAUAAUUGUCCAGCUAAAAACUACCCUGCAUGCAAAAUAGGUUCUUUGAAGAGUGAACAAGGAUGUCCCGAUUUUUAAUUAUGGUCGAAACCAGACCGCAGUUGUAAAGUGUGUAGACGUGAGUUUUAUGGGGAGCAGUGUUUUAUGGCCCACUUGAUUGAGGAAGAGGUAGUGGGCAAAGAUUUGGAGAAAAUGAAACAGAAAUUGGAGCAAGACCUAGAGGAGGAACUACCCUCCAUUGUGGAAAUGAAGAACGUAUGUGAUCAGUACCGUAAAUGUAAAGAUUGCCUGGUGUCCUACAAAGUAAAAGAAGAUGUCACCCAUAAAUGCUUGCAUGCCAAAUGUAAACAUUGCCUGGAAUUUGUUCAUAUCUAUGACCAUCAAUGUUUUAUCACGUCCGAGGAAGAGAAACAAUUUAAAAGGACGCUUCAGGAGUUACGAAGGCAGAAAAAGAAAAAAAGGAACAGUCAUUGGGGAUGAUGGAUGAAGGUCUACCAGACGAUCACACACAAAAGGCGAUCGAUGAUCUGAUUACUAAACGUCAAAAUAACUUAAAGAAUUGGAUCAGAUCAACAGUGGUGUGCCCAUGACUGAAAUAAAGGCACAGCGGUACGUAGAAAGACUGAAAUAUUUACGUGAAAAAGUGAUGUUAAAAAUGAUGGAGGAAGAAGGUUUUGAGCUUCACGAUAUCACUUUAGAGUUGGUGGAAGACCGUAUGGCCAAACAACAAGACAAACCACAGCAAACAAGUGAAUCAAGGAAGAUUUUUGCUGGGGGACUUGUGUGUGCAGAUAUUGAGUGUAUCCUCGACAGCACUAAUACAUUCAUCCCAAUUCUGAUCUGUUAUUCACGUGGGUAUAGCAAGACGACUUUUCAUCAUUGGGGAACCUAUUGUGUGGAUCUCUUUAUUCAAACAUGGUGGCAAUGGGUAAAAGAGGAGAAAGAAAGAGAGGGUGGUGUUCAGGAAUUUCAUAUUUUCUUCCAUAACCUAAACGGAUUCUAUCUUCUGGGGCAAAUUUGAUGAAAACGAACACAGGGAUCAAACCAUAGCCAUUCAGGAUGAAAUCGUGUGGCAAAAACUGAUUCCGGAUGAGUCACUGGUGAUCAAAGAUGUGCGUAUCUUUAACGAGGAUGUAAUGGAAGUCAGCGUGAUGAAGAAAGAAAAAGAUGCAUGUGGAGGAGCUGGGAAAACAAACAUUUUAAUUUCGUGUUUCACGACGGCUCUGGCACAUCUAAAGCUGUAUGCAGAAUUGAAAAAGCUGGGAGAGCAAGUGCUGUAUUGUGACACGGACACAGUCAUUCUACCGCUGGAAACAAGGAGAGCCGUUUAUACCUACAGGAAUCUUUUUGGGUGA